UAGCAAAAGCAAAUGGAUAAUAGCCUCGUGUAAACAGAGUGUUGCUGUCUAUGCUGUCCCUCGUUCAAAGAUGAUGAAGGAUGAAGAUUCCGCCUAUGUGUUAUACGUUGAUCACCAGGACCAUCCCGCUCCUCUUUCCCUGAGCUACCAUGCGACAGCGUCGAGAAGACUGACGUCCUCCCUCGAUCGGCAUCCGCCAUCUUCGAUAACGGAGGUUGGUAAGUACAGGAAACAGGUAAUGGGAACAGAGAGUGCUCAACGGCGGCGAUGGCAUCUCCAUAGGGAUGAGUAUUUUUAUUAUCUCAAACCAUCAUAAUCUGAUCGUGUUACUGCUGCUUCUGCUGCUGUUUCCUCGGGUUUAGAUUCUGCGUACUGUCCUCAGUGUCUAUCCUUCCACGAUGCCAACACAGCCGCCAAUCUUGGUUUUUGCCCCAAACCUACUUGUCGGUUGUGCCCCGUUUGCAGGUCGGUUGCAUCUAUCGCCGUUGAUAACUCGGGUUGUUUUUACAAAUGUGGUAUGUGUGCAUGGAAUUCGAAAGGAUGUCAAUUGCAAACCCCCCUUACAGUUAACAGUGAUGGGGAAGUGAGCUUAGAAGCGGUGGAAAAGGCUUCGUUGGAGCUUCAAUCUCAGUGGGAGAAAAAAAAGGAAGAAAGCAACAAACAGGCGGAAGACCAUUUCAGUAAUAUGCAAAAAACUCUUGUGAGGAUUGCCAAGGAGCAUGUCCAAGGUCACAGGUCCGCCAAUCGUCGAGUUUUCUCGUCGGGGCUGACUCUGAAACGCCGCCAAGAUGAUCCUCAUGGUUGGUCAAUUGAAACCUUGGAAGAGUCCCAACGCAUUCGAAAUAAAGAAAUGGAAUCGUCUAUAAAUAAGCCAAUUGGAGGAAAGAGUUUGCAACAGAUACCACUCGAUGACGAGGAAGACGAACAGCCACUUUUUCAUUCGUCCUUCGAAGGGCUGUCUGCGGAAACGAUAUUGUCCCAAGAAAGUGGUGGCAACACGACAGGGUCAAUAGAAAGCUUGCUCCCUCUUCAAAUUCCCUUGCGACCAAGAAAAUCGAGAAGAUGCCGUGCCGAAUUGGCAGAGAACCGCCCAGGUAUCUUGGUAAAACCAAAACUAAAUCCUUUAGAGGGCGACUCUAGUCUUCGUACGGGACAUGGUCAAUGGUGGAAAAAAGUGCGUUCAUUGCAGGACAUUGAUUGUUUUCUCUGCCUCUGUGCCUUUGUUUGAAAGUGGUUGGUUUCGUCAAUGCACAGCUUCCAAAAAUCAUUCCACUAAAUUGCGCCCUCGUUUUUCUAUGUUUUUGUAGGAUUCAAGUGCCGUCGAAGUGCUUCCCCGCGUUCGAGUAUCCGCCGCUGCAACUGACGGAAGUCGUCAUGCUUUCCUUAUCAAAGUGUCGAAUCCUACACUGGGUACUGUACGCUUGAGACUCGCCCCCUCUCCUUAUGCAGGUGAACGCCAUUGGGACAACAACGAGGUGACGACGAAGCGUUUGGAAAACAUAAUUGUUGAUCCUUUCAAGAGAAUUUCUCUUGAUGCGGUUCUCGAUGUUGAGGUUGCUAACAAAAUUGAAGCUACUGACAUGUGUGAGCUAGAGCCAGUAGAAGAUUCAUUUCUUGAAUUGGGAAACAAGACAUCGGAUAAUGUACCGGAGGCUGUCUCUAGUUGGGAAGCCGGAAACGUGCUGUCGGAUUCGAAAGUUUCGAAAGAAAAUUCUGCCACCCUACGCAAGCUUGGACAGAAGAAAUCCGUGGCAUGGUUUGAACUUGUUGUGAUGGAAUCUCAGAGAGAUUCUACUGCUCACACAGCAGUGCCAGUAUCCAUGCACCUUCAAGUUGGUGAUGGAUCGUGGGAGUCUUCCCUCGUCCAAUCUCGAGGUGAUGAUGACUUCGUAUCUUUUGAUUUGGUCAUUGUCUGGGAUAAAAAGCUGUAAUAGUGCAGGUCAAACUUAAGAUCCUGACUUUUGUCUACAGAACCAUCAGCAUUCCAUUCAAGCAUAAACUAGAAACUAUUGA